AUGGCGCUCACGCGAGCGUCUUCCGCUUCCGCCCUGUCCGCUUCCCGAUCCGCCCUGACCUUCCGUUCUUCCCCCCGUACAUCGUCACGCUUCGUUCGAUACAGUUCUCAUUCGCCACUAGGUGCAUCGUCGGCCAGCACUCGGAAGAAAGUGACGGUGCAAACCUUGCAGAAUUUGUAUAAAAAUGGCGAACCUAUCACCAUGCUGACAGCCCAUGAUUUCCCGAGCGGACAUGUCGCCGACGUGGCAGGGAUGGAGGUUGUCCUUGUGGGGGAUAGCCUGGCUAUGGUGGCGCUGGGGAUGGAGGAUACAAGCGAGGUCGUGAUGGAGGAGAUGCUCCUGCAUUGUCGGAGUGUGGCUCGUGCGGCAAAGACCUCGUUUACGAUUGCCGACCUUCCUAUGGGUUCGUAUGAGGUCUCCCCCGAGCAAGCUUUGCAGUCGGCCAUCCGGAUCAUCAAAGAGGGCCGCAUGCAAGGCGUCAAGCUGGAGGGAGGAGAGGAGAUGGCCCCUACGAUCAAGCGCAUCACGCAAGCUGGAAUCCCCGUUGUGGGACACGUCGGUCUGACGCCGCAACGCCAGAAUGCUCUCGGUGGGUUCAGGGUCCAGGGUAAGACGACCGCGGGGGCGCUGAAGCUCCUGCGGGACGCACUCGCUGUGCAGGAAGCCGGCGCGUUCAUGAUGGUCCUCGAGGCGGUGCCUGCUGAGAUUGCGACCCUCGUCACCAAGAAACUCCGGGUCCCAACCAUCGGCAUCGGUGCCGGAAACGGAUGCUCCGGGCAGGUCCUCGUGCAGAUCGACAUGGCGGGCAACUUCCCUCCCGGUCGAUUCUUGCCCAAGUUUGUCAAGAAGUAUGCGGAUGUCUGGGGCGAAACAAUCAAGGGUAUCCAGCAAUACCGGGACGAGGUCAAGACUCGGGCGUAUCCAUCCCCCGAAUACACCUAUCCAAUUGCAAAGGCCGAACUUGCCGAGUUUGAAAAAAUACUCGAUGAAUCCGGAACGGACUCGGAUUGA